AUGCCUCCCUCUGCUGCAAUUGCCCAAAGUCCAUCCAACGACAGAGAUGGUCUUAGCCCGUCCCCUGAAGCGCCGGCACCCAGCAAUUUGACGAUCGCAGACUUGUUGCACGAUGAAGAUGACGACAUCGAAUAUGAGCCUUCUCCCGAGCAAAGCUACAUGACUGACGUGGAAGGGGAAGAAGACCAGGACGAGGAAGAUGACGAGAAUGAAUACGUUGAUGCACAGGAUAAUUUGAGUAGCGUGGAGAUCCAGUUCUCCAUAUCAAACGCGAGUAUAGACAAUGCCGAGGAAGAAGAAACGGAGACCGAGCAGACUACCACCACGCCACGGCAGAGAAAUGAUGCAGUACGAGUGACCUCGGCACAGCUGCUAGAGAUACUCCGGACCAGUGCGCCUUUUCGACAGCUACUCACCCGCGGAGUGUUUAAUGGGCGAGCUGCGCAUACUGGUGUCGAUGACGAUGAAGAUGACGACGGCGAGGCCGGACAUGGGCGUUUUACGUCACGGCGGAGGCGUAGGCCCAAGAGUUGUGAGAGCAAAUAUCCGAGCAUUCCUAGCGAGGAAGGAAGAGAACUCAUGAGGUCCGGAAUCUAUGGCUCACGAGAUCACUUUGCGGACGUUAGAAGGAAGCGAAAGAAGAACGUAAGCGAGAGAUUAAUGUGGAGGAGGCUCGGUGACGAUGCACGAGGAAGUUACCGGCGGGCCAAUCGUCUAAUUAGCCAGGAAAUGGUGCCUGCCACGACUGUUGCUGACAAGAUCAUCCAUUAUGAUUCUCGAGCUUACAGUGGCCAGUUUUCUGACGAUGGCAAUUUCUUCUUUUCUUGCACGCAGAACUUCAAGGUUCGCAUGUACGACACUUCCAACCCUUAUGAAUGGAAGUAUUACAAGACUGUGGAUUACCCCUUUGGCCAAUGGACCAUCACCGACGCCACCCUCUCACCCGACAACCGCUGGCUAGCCUACUCUUCAAUCAGACACAUGGUUUGUCUCGCCCCGACUGACCCUUCCGAUCCCUCAGACCCAACGCUCCUUGACUUCACCAAUUUUGCGCCAUCUGCUGGUGGAAGUUCGAGGAGAGCGACCUCACAUUGGGGUCGUGCAGGAUUUGGCAUCUGGAGUUUACGCUUCUCUGGUGAUGGCCGUGAGAUCGUCGCCGGUACUUCCGACCACACAGUCGUAGUCUAUGAUCUCGAGACCCGUCAAUCCGUCCUCAAGCUAGACAACCACGACGAUGAUGUGAACGCGGUCUGCUUCGGCGACACUUCAUCCCCUCAUAUACUUUAUUCCGGUUCAGACGAUCAAACUCUCCGAGUAUGGGAUCGCCGGUCAAUGGCUGAUGGACGAGAGGCUGGCGUCUUCGUUGGCCACACUGAGGGUAUUACAUAUGUCGACAGUAAAGGUGAUGGCAGAUAUGUCUUGAGCAAUGGCAAAGACCAGAUGAUGAAGCUCUGGGACCUGAGAAAGAUGAUGAGCCCUAACAAAUUCAAGGAUGUCAACCUCCGACGGUACGGAACAAACUUCGACUACAGAUUCAAUUCCUACGACCCUAUGGACUACAUACCAAACCCACAUGACUGUUCAGUUGUUACCUUUAGAGGCCACAGCGUCCUCAAGACACUCAUUCGAUGUCAUUUUAGCCCUGCUGGAAGCACAAAUUCCAGAUACGUAUACAGUGGGAGCGAAGACGGCAUUGUCUGGAUCUGGAACAUGGAUGGCACCGUGAAAGGUAAAGUCGACGUCGGCAAGGCGACUCUGGGCACUAGACCUCGCCAUCCAGACGUGGUAAGCUAUGGAUACGAGUUCAAUCGUCAUGGGAACGGAUGGAAGACUUGCGUCAGAGAUGCCAGCUGGCAUCCUUAUGCCCCUGUGCUAGCUGCAACAUCCUGGAACGGCUGGGGCAUGGCCAACGGUACCGUCUCCCUCCAUAGCUGGAACGACGGUAACGAAGACGACGAGGGCGACCCACCCCUCAGCACAAACUACAAUGCCCGCCUUGAAAUUAAGGACGACUAUAAUGAGCACACGCGCAAGACAAGGGGCCCGAGGGGCGGGCUUAGGAGUAGGGUUGUCCCGCCCGUAAGAUAUGGCCAGGAUGGCGGGGCUGCUGGGAAUGGAAGGGUCGGGGAUGACGAUGGAGCAGCUGCGGGCUGGUGA